AUGGGAAAAUCAAGACCUCACAACAAGAAGGCCUCCAAAUCUCGCGCAAAGUCCGUUUUGGGCGCUGGCGGCUCGGUUUCGAAACAAAAAAUGAACGAAGACCCCUCUAAGCUCCUCGAGCAGGCGACGAUACAGCUCCAGACCGGUCAACCGGACGCUGCUCUCCGGCUAGCUCAGCAAGCCCUUAACAAUGCGCCGGACAAUUCUCCAGCUCAAUUAGUGGCACUUAAUACCGUUGGAGAGAUCUACGUUGAGCUAGGCGAGAUCGAUGUUGCGAAACAACACUUUAUGCGUGCCAUCGAGCUCGAUCCGAAUGGCACGAUCCCUGAGGCUGAAGGAGGCGGUGCUGAGAAGUUCCUAUGGCUAGCUCAAUUGAGCGAACAGGGUGGGAAGGACAGCGUUCAAUGGUUCGAGAAGGGAGUGUCGUCGCUCAGGCAUAUUAUCCAGCAGCUCGAGCAGAAACCUGUCGCUCUCCAAUUCGUCCUUCUUCCCAUGGGUGGGUUGGUCGCAGAACUUUUGAUGCUGACUGUCAAUAGGUGGGAAGAAGAUGCGGAAAACCGUUGCGAAUCACUCAUCACAGAAGCCCUCCUUGUCGCUCCGAAUGCGCCCGAAGUACUACAGACCCUCGCAUCGAUCCGGAUUUCGCAACUACGGACAGAAGAGGCUCAAGCAGCGCUCAGGAGGAGUCUCGAUCUUUGGAAAGACCUACCGCCCGAGGACUUGUCCAUUCCUGACUUUGCGACAAGAAUCAGUCUUUCCCGUCUCCUGAUGGAGGUCGGCAUGGAGCUUGAGGCUCUAGAGGUGCUGGAACGCCUUAUCUUGGAGGACGACCAAAGUGUGGAGGCAUGGUACCUUGGAGGAUGGUGUCUGCAGCUCCUGGCCGGGAAGCAACAAGCACCUAAGGAUGCCGACGAAGAGGACGGCAACACCCCAGAGGCCAGGCGCCAUGCAUCCCUCGUGGCUAGCCGCGAAUGGCUCAAGCAAAGCUUAACGCUGUACGACCUCGUUCAGUAUGAGGACGAGAGACUUAAGGAACACGCACUGGAAUUGGUCCAAGAGAUGAACAAGGAGAUCGGUGAAGAUAUGGAUGACGAUGAGGCCGGGGAGGGCGAGGAAGAUUGGGAGGACGAGGAGAUCGAGCAGACGGCGCCGGAUAAAGUAGGAUCCGACCGCUUUCCCCCGGCGAUAACCAGAGCCAAAUUUAUUCCGGCAGUUCGACUUCGAGUGGCAAAUAGCUCAAUGAUGGACCUUGUUUCAGCGCCCAGCGGGGAGGAUUCCUCGUUGAAGGAUCCGGUGGUCCAGGUGGAAGCCGUUGAUAUGGCCUCCGCAGUAUCAAACACCGGCACCGCAACGGAGAAUAGAGCCGCUGCGAAGGAAGAAGUGACUCAGUCGGAGUAUGAGACCGAUAGCGACGGCUCCGGCGACGAGUGGGAGACUCAGUCUCUAUACGAAGACGCUAUUCAAGUCCUACGCGACGAUCAGCUCCGUGAGGGUGUACCGGAUGCCUGCACACUGGAAGAGGCCGUCGCCUAUCGGAAACGACUCCAUGAGGUUGGCAAGGCUGCAUUUGUUGAAGAAACGCUGGGUCAGGACAAAGUGACUGCGCGGAAGCUGUGUACUGCGUUCGGCAUCUUGCCCCCAGCCUUUUUGAACGAUGCGCCGGACGAGGCCUUUCAUCCUCUCCUGGCUAUCGCGAUUUCGCGCGAGUUCUCCAGGCGCCCGAAGCUCCCACAAUACAAUACAAUUGAUGAUGCGGUCAAGUUGCUCAAGGAGAGCAAGAAUAUCGUCGUCUUAACUGGCGCUGGUAUUUCUACGAGUCUCGGAAUACCCGAUUUCCGUUCAAAGGACACUGGUCUCUAUUCACAGUUGGCGCAUCUAGGCCUGAGCGAUCCUCAGGAGGUGUUUGACAUCCAGGUGUUUCGCGAGGACCCCAGUAUCUUCUUCUCGAUCGCGAAGGACAUUCUUCCUACCGAGAAGAAGUUCUCGCCGACCCACGCUUUUAUCCGUGUUCUGCAGGAUAAGGGGAAAUUAUUGACCAACUACACUCAGAAUAUCGACAAUAUCGAGGCGAAUGCCGGUGUUCUCCCAGAGAACAUCGUGCAAUGUCACGGAUCGUUCGCCACGGCUACGUGUGUCAAAUGUCAGUACAAGGUCAAGGGGGAUGAGAUAUUCGAUGAGAUCAAGCAAGGAGUUAUCCCUCAGUGUGAGGCUUGCCGCAAGCGCAUCGCAGAAGAUUCGGGGAUCAAGAGGAAGCGGAGCAGCAACGGAGUCCACAAGAACCGCAAGGACAAUGAUGGGGACAGUACUGAUGACGACUACGAAAUCCCCACCCCUGGUGUCAUGAAGCCCGACAUUACAUUCUUUGGGGAAGAUCUUCCUGAUGAGUUUGGCCGCCGGUUGCUACACCAUGACCGUGAUCAGGUGGACCUCGUUAUUGUUAUUGGGACUUCACUAAAGGUGGCUCCUGUAGCGGAGGUUCCGGGCGUGCUCCCUCGAACAGUUCCUCAGCUUUAUAUCUCGCGUACCGUAAGCCACCUUUUUCUUACUUCAGCCUGUGUCGCAUACGGAAUUCGAUAUCGAUCUUCUCGGCGACUGCGACGUGGUGUACAACCGACAAUGGAGUAUCUCAUUCGCUUCGCCCAGGCCCAUGAGUCUUUUCGGCAGGCCGAGAUCCAGGCACUGGCUGACCUGGCGGGCGUGAAACUCGAAUUUAUACAUUAUGAUAAAAAUUCCCCAUUCUGCACAAUAAGACUACCCGAUGAAGCGGCAGCUCGUGCAGUGAUUACCCGAAGCAUUAUAGCCAAGGAUAUCUUCGAGCUCUGGGGCCAAGGCACCAACUUCGACGAAGUCUACGCCGACGUCCGCAGGCGGACGGAGGAUCGCUGGGCGCAGUACAGGGACUCGUCGUUCCGAUUCACCAUUGACAGUUUCGCCGGAAAGCGCAGCAGUGAGAAGAAGCGCGAGAUCAUCCAGUCAUUUUCCUUCCUGGGCUUCAAGGGCCCCAUUCGCAUGAAGAACCCGGACCAGGAUUUCUGGGUCUUUGAGGACUACGGAUUGGAUCUUAACUCGCCUGGUACGCCUCGUCCUGAGGGCCAAGAGCCAAAGAUCAUUUACUUUGGACGCUGGAUUGCGAAUAGUAGUCGCGAUGUCGUCAACAAAUAUGAUCUCAAGAAGAGACGCUAUAUUAGCACUACCUCUAUGGAUGCGGAGUUGACCCUCAUCACGGCUAAUAUGGCUCAUGCUGCGCCUGGAAAGCUCUUCUAUGACCCGUUUGUGGGUACGGGGAGCUUCUUGGUGGCUAUGUCGCAUUUCGGGGCUGAGACGUUCGGAUCGGAUAUCGAUGGACGCAGUUUCCGGGGUAAAGAGAUGAUGGAGAGGGGUGGGACGAUGGGAGUGUUGUCGAACUUCCAGCAAUAUGAUAUGGUCGGCAAAUUUAUGGAUGUCUUUACUUCCGACCUUACCAAUACACCUUUGCGCUCGGCUCAGUUCUUGGAUGGCAUCAUCUGUGAUCCGCCUUAUGGUAUUCGCGAAGGACUCAGGGUUCUUGGGAGACGCGAGGGUCUCAGGAACGAAGAGGUCAUUAUCGAUGGUGUUCCUGCUCACUAUCGACCCGGAUAUAUUGCACCUAAGAAGCCCUACGGCUUCGAAGCCAUGCUCAACGAUAUCCUUAACUUUGCCGUCAGAAGUCUCGUUACAAAUGGACGUCUAGCCAUGUGGAUGCCAACGGCAAAUGACGAGGAGGUUGAAUUGGCAGUACCGAUGCACCCCAACCUGGAGGUAGUGAACGUAUCUGUCCAACCGUUCUACACCUGGUCUCGUCGGCUCAUCACCUAUCGAAGACUACCAGAAGGACAAGUCUCGGACGUUUCAAAAGGCCGGCAAAAACUGGAUGCUCAGGGAAUCUAUACAGCCCUAACCAUUCGAUCAGUAUUUCAUGAAGAACCCGCCGGACAGCUCGAAAUCAGGAAGAGAAAGCUCCGCCUCAUGAACAGCACUAAAAUAGAAAGUAACCAAGAUAUCGAACAAAAGCAAUGA